AUGACCGGGCACGGAGUGCGAAAUCACAGGCAAUCAUUUCACCCGAAGACAUCCGGAACACUUCAAAAACCAAAGUACUGGAAAUUAAUAGACUGCACCCAAAGCCCGACUGGACUCCCAAAUACAGUUGGACGACAGAAAAAAAUCCACAAACUAAGGGAAGAGCGCAAACCCCGCAAAUACACUGAUACAACCAAAUACAGAGAACCCCACAGAGCAGCACGAAGAGAAGCGUGCCUCGCUCGUAAUGUCUGGUACCGGCACAAGUGUGAACAUCUAGAAUCCCUCUAUAACAAACAUGACGCAUUUAAUUUAUAUAAAGUAAUAAAGACCUUUCUAGGUAGUAAAAAGUUCACAAACCAUAACGUGGAUGAACAAAAUGUACCAAUCAUGGUUAUAUACAGGAAGAAACAGGUUUGGAAGCAAUAUAUUACAUCCAUGUUUGGUGACGAUACACGGAGUGAAUAUGUACCUUAUGCCGCGAACGAUGGAUACUCUAUUUUACCAGAGGAAAUAGAGAAGGCUCUAGGUAAAGCCAAGACUGGAAAAAUCACAUGGACCAGAUAA